CCUGCUGUUCACGCGCUUCUGGCUGAUCAGCGUGCUGUACUCUGUCUGGUGGUUCUUUGACUAUGACACUCCUUCCCGGGGAGGCCGUAGGGUGCCAUUCUUGUGUGGCCUCAAAGUUUGGGAAUACAUGCGGGAUUACUUCCCCGUCAAGCUGGUGAAGACGGCCGACCUGGACCCCAGGCACAACUACGUCCUGGGGUUCCAUCCCCACGGCGUGCUGGUGGCAGGGGCCUUUACCAACUGCACCUAUGCUACAGGCUUCAGGCAGCUGUUUCCUGGCCUCACCAGCUACCUGCUCAUGUUGCCCCUUUGGUUCAGAGCCCCAUUCUUUAGAGACUACAUCAUGUGUGCAGAUGCCCACCCUGGGACCUACAAUGUACUCUUGGCCAAGAAGAAAGGCUUCAUCAAAAUGGCAUUGGAGCAGGGGUAA